GACCAAUCAGCGUUCAGUCUGUGGUGAGGCGCUCUAGAGGCAGCGUCGUUAAAUGAGAUGGUACAGACUAGAGGGGUCGGUGUUCGGCUAUGAACUUCAGUAACUUCUACACAUCCACCAAUUAAGGUUUGUAGGCUCUUUGUGUAUGUGCCUGCAGUGCAUGUUCAGCCAUGCCUGUGACAUCUCAGCUGCUCAGGGGUUUGCCCCGCACCAAGGUCUUGGCCUCCAGUCUGUUACCAUGCCAGCAACACCAGUCCCGGUUAGGGCCCAUCACUCACCGACCUGCCUCAAGACGGCCCUCUCAGAGCCCCCAGCACUCAAGAAGUUACCAGACAACCUCAGUGCUCCGCAGCUACAUCCUCUCUCCCCCGCAGGUCAACUCUAUUCUAAAAGCCAACGAGUACAGCUUCAAGGUGCCAGAGUUUGAUGGGAAAAAUGUGUCAUCAGUGAUGGGUUUUGAGAGUAACCAGCUGCCAGCCAACGCUCCUAUAGAAGACCGCCGAAGUGCAGCCACAUGCCUGCAGACACGAGGAAUGUUGCUGGGUGUGUUUGAUGGCCACGCUGGCUGUGCCUGUGCACAGGCACUGAGUGAAAGGUUGUUUUACUACAUAGCAGUGUCUCUGCUGCCCCACGACACACUGUGUGAGCUCGAGGCAGCGGUGGAGGCCGGCAGAGCCCUCAGUCCCAUCCUGCAGUGGCACAAGCACCCCAACGACUAUUUCAGCAGGGAGGCUCAGACACUCUACUUCAACAGCCUCCGAACCUACUGGCAAGAGUUAAUAGAUCUCACCAGCCCAGGCGAGGUUCCAGACACCCGCGAGGCAUUGAUAAAUGCUUUCAAGAGGCUGGACAGUGACAUUUCCCUGGAGGCUCAGGUUGGAGACCCGAAUGCUUUCCUGCACUACUGGGUCCUGAGAGUGGCCUUUUCUGGAGCAACUGCCUGUGUGGCUCACAUCGAUGGAUCAGACCUGUAUAUAGCCAAUGCAGGAGAUGCUCGGGCAGUGUUGGGGGUCCAGGAGGAGGAUGGUUCAUUCAGUGCUCACACACUCUCUAAUGACCACAGUGCCCAGAAUGAGGAUGAGGUUGCCCGGAUACGUGGUGAACACCCUCCAUCAGAGAGGAAGACAGUUAUACGACAGGACCGGUUGCUUGGCCUCCUCAUGCCAUUCCGAGCAUUUGGGGAUGUGAAGUUCAAGUGGAGUAUUGAACUGCAAAAGCGUGUGUUGGAGUCUGGACCUGAUCAGCUCCAUGAGAACGAGCAAACCAAGUUUAUCCCUCCAAACUACCACACACCCCCUUACCUGACCGCUGAGCCUGAGAUCACGUACCACAAACUGCGGCCACAGGAUCGCUUCCUGGUGAUUGGCUCUGACGGCCUCUGGGAGACACUCCACAGACAGGAAGUGGUUCGUAUUGUGGGGGAGUAUUUAACAGGGGUGCACCAGCGGCAGCCCCUCAAAGUUGGAGGCUACAGGGUCACCCUGGGACAGAUGCAGGGGUUGCUGGAAGAGAGAAAGGCGCGCAUGUCUUCAACUUUCGAGGAUCAGAACUCAGCAACCCACCUGAUGCGCCACGCGGUGGGAAACAACGAGUUUGGCACAGUUGACCACGAGAGGCUGUCGAAAAUGCUGUCGCUGCCUGAGGAGUUGGCUCGCAUGUACCGCGAUGACAUCACCAUUAUCAUCUCUCAGUUUAACCCUCAUGUGAUUGGUGCACAGAGACAGGAAGGGCAGUCCUGAGCCACACACUCACAUAGUCAGUAACUGAGUACUGUAUGCUACACAUAAGCACACUCUGUGGACAAACGGGCUGUAUCAAAGUUAGAUCUUUCCAGCGGUCUGAAUGAAUUGUUUUAACUCUAUUUAUGUAAAGAAUCUGUACAUUUGUAUGCAGUACAGAGAAGAUCCAGUUCCUUAUGAAGCGAGAAGAUUUCCGUCUAUAAACUGGAUUUUAAUUCUCUUAUGUUAUAACAUGUUAUUUAUGCUGCCAACAUCCGUUUCAUACCCACUUCUCUGUGUGGCUGAAAAGACAAAGUUACAAACUGUUUUUUUGUUUGUUUUUUUGUGCCAAAACACUCAACUUCCUCGUCUAUUGAAAGACUCAGCGGGAUUGAAAUGAUAGAAAUUCCAAGGAGGGUGAAAGGUUGGUUUACAAGUGAAGAGGUCUUUGUCGAUGCACCACUGCACUCGACCUGCUUUUCUUCUGUUGUAAAACCACACUGUCUUUCUCUGCUGUCCGGUUUUGUUAUUUGGCUCCCAGGCUUCUGCACUUGUGAGGCUGAUGUUACGCCAGAGCACUGUUGCAUCUGUUUGUUUUUAUUGGUUCAUGUAUGUCAUUGUAUAUAGAGAUAUUCUUAUUGUUGUCCCAACACAUGUUCUGCAUUUUCACUGCAGUGUGAGUAUUUGGAGGAUGAUGUUUACUCCAGCACACUGGAUUUCAAGUAAAACAGUGACAUCAUCUGAUGUUGAUGUAAAUACUCUAAAUUUGAAGUUGACAGUUGACGCUUAGUGGUUCCUGUCCUGCGUGAGUCCCAAAGUCCAUCUCAGCAGUCACAAGAUGUUAAUAGGGAAGAGAGAGGAAAAAUACCUAUGUUACACAAAAUUGUAUAUCUUCUUUCAGAUUUUUCUCUAUUUUUUUUGCUUCUUUAAAUAAUUAGUGGAGGCUUUCACCUGCAGGCCUUUAAAAUCUCACAACAAUUUGAAUAAACAAAUGUCUUCAUUGAAAGGGUCACAUGUCAAAAAGGUUAGGAACCACUGAGCUAGUGAUUGUUUUUAAUUAAAAUCUAAUAUGCUGGAGCACAAAUAUUUACAGACUGCACCACCACCACAGGUAGUGAUAUGUAUCUGUCUUUUUCUGUGACACCAUCACUUUUUAUUAUUGUUAUAUCAUGUUAAGAAGAAGUAAUAAUGACGGUUAGUGAGCUGCGUUGACUCAACUCACACAGUUGUGACAUGUGAUUGCAGCUGAGAGGAAAAUAAAAGUUUGUAAGUGUUUUGCAAGCUGUGUGGGGUUAAAGGGGGUGUGUGUUAAAAGCCUUUCUGACCGGUCAUUAGCAAUGUGGGUAACUAUUUGUUUAAAGCCCAACCGGCCCGCCCUCCUGAUACUCUCCAGUUAAGCACUAAUGACUUUUGUCUAACUGUGUGUUCAAGUGAAUUUGAGCCCAAAUGAAUGAGCAGAAUGUAAAUAUGAAAGUAGUUGUUUGAAGAUGAAAGAUUAUUUAUUCAGCUUUAGCAGUUAUGUUACACAUCUUUACGGUUAUAUGUAUAAAUUGUACGUUAUGUGUUAAGUUUUAUAUACAGACUGGUUUAAUAAAACACUGAAUACACA